AUCUGUUCAGCUCUGCCCUGCCGUUUCUCCACUUCUCAUCUGCUGCUCCUCACCUCACGAAACCAUGUCUACCAAAACCACCAUCAAGAGUCAAACGAGCCACCGUGGCUACAGUGCCAGCUCAGCCAGAGUGCCUGGGCUCAACCGCUCUGGCUUCAGCAGUGUGUCCGUGUGCCGCUCCCGGGGCAGCGGUGGCUCCGGUGCAAUGUGUGGAGGAACUGGCUUUGGCAGCAGGAGCCUCUAUGGCGUGGGGAGCUCCAAGAGAAUCUCCAUCGGAGGGGGCAGUUGUGGCAUUGGAGGAGGCUAUGGCAGCCGAUUUGGAGGAGGCUUCGGCACUGGAGGUGGAGCUGGUAGUGGCUUUGGCUUCGGUGGUGGAGCUGGCUUUGGUGGUGGCUAUGGGGGAGCUGGCUUCCCGGUGUGCCCACCUGGAGGCAUCCAAGAGGUCACCAUAAACCAGAACCUCCUCACCCCCCUGAACCUGCAAAUCGACCCCACCAUCCAGCGGGUCAGGACUGAGGAGAGGGAGCAGAUCAAGACCCUCAACAACAAGUUUGCCUCCUUCAUUGACAAGGUGCGGUUCCUGGAGCAGCAGAACAAGGUCCUGGACACCAAGUGGGCCCUGCUGCANGAGCAGGGCACCAAGACCGUGAGGCAGAAUCUGGAGCCUAUGUUUGAGCAGUACAUCAGCAACCUCCGCAGACAGCUGGACNGCAUCAUUGGAGAGAGGGGUCGCCUGGACUCAGAGCUGAGGAACAUGCAGGACACAGUGGAGGAUUACAAGAGCAAAUAUGAAGAUGAAAUCAACAAGCGUUCAAAAGCAGAGAAUGAAUUUGUAACCGUGAAGAAGGAUGUCGAUGCUGCCUACAUGACCAAGGUUGAACUGCAAGCCAAGGCAGACAGUCUGGUAGAGGAGAUCAACUUCCUGAGAGUUAUUUAUGAGGCAGAACUGUCUCAGAUGCAAACUCACAUCUCAGACACAUCUGUGGUCCUCUCCAUGGACAACAACCGAUCCCUGAACCUGGACAGCAUCAUCGCUGAGGUCAAGGCCCAGUANGAGGACAUUGCUCAGAGAAGUCGGGCUGAAGCUGAGUCCUGGUACCAGACUAAAUAUGAGGAGCUGCAGGUCACAGCUGGCAGACAUGGGGACGACCUGCGCAACACCAAGCAGGAAAUCGCUGAGAUCAACCGCAUGAUCCAGAGGCUGAGAUCUGAGAUCGACCACGUUAAGAAGCAGUGUGCCAACCUGCAAGCUGCUAUUGCUGAUGCUGAGCAACGUGGGGAGAUGGCCCUGAAGGAUGCCAGGGGCAAGCUGGAAGGGCUGGAGGAUGCCCUGCAGAAGGCCAAACAGGANAUGGCCAGGCUGCUGAAGGAGUACCAGGAACUCAUGAAUGUCAAGCUGGCCCUGGAUGUGGAAAUUGCCACCUACAGGAAGUUGCUGGAAGGAGAGGAGUGCAGGUUGAAUGGUGAAGGUGUUGGACCAGUCAACAUCUCUGUGGUGCAGUCCACCGUGUCCAGCGGCUAUGGCAGUGCAGGUGGUGCCAGCAGUAGCUUAGGCCUGGGUGGAGGCAGCAGCUACUCCUAUGGUAGCAGCCGAGGCCUUGGAGGUGGCUUCAGUGCUGGCAGUGGCAGAGGCAUCGGAGGUGGCCUCAGCUCUUCUGUGGGAAGCUCUUCUACCAUCAAAUACACCACCAGCGCCUCCUCCAGCAGGAAGAGUUACCGGCACUGAAAUCCCAACUACCAGAGCUUGUUGCAGACCCCAGAUACCCUGGCUGCAGUGCCCUGUGUACAGGGUCAUGUCUUCACUGAACCUCCACCUCUGCUGUCUGCUUCUGUCUGAGGAGGCUGUGUCCUCUUGCUUCUCUUUUUGUCUGCUUGGGAUCUCUCUGCACACCUUUUCAGUCAUCCUCUGAACUCACAUCAUGAUUCACACACAUUUGGUGCUUCAUGCUGUAUUUGGGUUUCCAGGCUCCUCCCUCCCUACCUCUAUCUCUGAGUUGCCUGGUAAAGUGUGUGUCAGUCCUCUUCAUUCUGGGUCUUACUAAAGAAAUGAACAACUCUCUUCUAGUUUCCAAUGGCCUGAGAAACCCCAUUUUUCAACGUCAUAAACCUUCCUGUCAGUACUUGUGACAACACAGUCAUUAGUCCUGUGAUGUCUGUGCUCACAUGAUGCCAUCUCUGCUCUUUGUUUCCUUGUAAUUGCUAAAUAAAGCAGAUUUAUAAAAAGUAA